AUGCCGGCAUUGCAUCCUCUUCACACCCAACUGUCAACUGCGCUGCAAGCACGACACAAUCUACCCGUCCACCCGCAAUGGCUAAACGACUUCCUCUCAUCGCGAGGGCCCAAUCCCCCACCGGUGCCGGCGCUCGUGUCGACGGCCCAUUUCCGCAUUCUAGCCAGCGACAUCACAACGUCUCUGCGACCUUCCAGCGCGGCUGAAGUGCUGCCGCCCGACGUGAGCGACGUGAAUGUCAAGGAGCGCCGGCUCGCGGGCCCGGUCGUCGUUCAGGUGCUGGACGUCGUCGACGUCGGCAGCAGCAAGUGGGGCCAAGUCGAGGCGAUCGAGCGCGUGGAGCACGGCGAGCAGAUCCGUGGUCGAGAAGUCAUUCGCACAGUCGACGCCAUGGAGGAGGAGGACGAGGAGGAUAGGUCGGACGCCGACCCAGCCGCGAGGUCGUCGGCUAGAACGAACGGAACCAGGAGCAGGAGCCGGGCAGCCGCCUCAGCGGAACAGUCUGCAAACAAGAAGCUGACCACAGGUCCCCAUAAGCUCCUGUUGCAGGAUUCAAAGGGCACAAAGGUCCUAGCCUUUGAGCUGGCCAGGAUUCCAGGCAUUGCGCUCUCUAUCUCGGCGUCCGCGACGCUCUCGCUCCCCACUUCCAGUUCGAAUCAGCACUCUGGGCCUAGGCCUAACACGAUCCCCGUCGAAGACUUGGGCAUGUUCAUUGGAUGCAAGAUCCUCUUGAAGCCCGGGACCGUCGUGCGUAGGGGAAUGGCUAUGCUGACGCCGGAUAGUUGCAUGGUCCUGGGCGGAAAGGUGGAAGCGUGGGAUAAGAAAUGGAAGGAAGAACAUAAGCAAAGACUGACGGGCUUGGUGGAUGAAGAGAAUGGCGCUGCACGAUGA